AUGGGUAAGUUGGCGAGAUUUCGCCGGAGACAAACCUUGUCGGAGAAUAAAACAACCGACGGUGACUUAUCAGGUAAAGGUGGGUCUGAUGAUACUCAUAGCUCCGACACAGAGACUGAGUCAAACCCGAGCUCUGACUCUGAGACAGAGUCGAACCAAAGCUCUGACUCGACAACCUCGACACGACUGUCGACGAUCAUACGGGUCUUGUCUGAUUCGCUGCUUCGUUCGGAAUUAGCGGAGAUGGAGAUGAUUAAAGCUCGAGAAGCAGCGAGGUGGGAAGCUGAGAAGAGAAGGUUGGAAAUGGAAGUUGAGUUGACUCGGUUGGUGUUGCAAACUCACUUGCAGGCGACGGAGUCGUUACUCGUCGGAGAAGAGAAGAUUACUCCGGCAAGGAGGAAGAGGAAGAGAUCAGAAGUUGAAGAACACGACUCCUCCUCUGCCUCAUCUUCCACCACAAGGUGA